AUGCAUCCCACAACAGCCUUAGUCUUAUAUACCCUCCUCGCCUCGCUCUCAUCCGUCUUCGCCGCAGCAUCCCACCAUCCAACUAUAUACCUCAUCCGCCACGGCGAAAAACCCGACGACCCAGCCGACGACGGCCUCAACGCGGACGGGUUCAAACGCGCACAAUGCCUGCGCGAUGUCUUUGGCGCACAGUCCGCCUACAACAUCCGGCACAUUCUGGCGCCGAAAGUCAGCCGACGAGGUAAACACCGCCGCUCGUACGAGACAGUCCUUCCACUCGCGGACGACCUCGGCCUGGACAUCGACACGUCGUGCAAGUCGACGCAGGUUCGCUGUGUCGUGCGCAGAUUGAAACGGUACCGCGGGUCUGGAAAUAUCUUGAUUGCGUGGCGGCAUAGCCAGAUGAAGAAGAUCGUGCGAGACCUGGGGGAUAAGCAUGCUCCCCAAUACCCCGAUAAGAGGUAUGCUUCCUCGUCUAUGGACGUGUUUGCGGAACUGAUUAUGAGUAGGUUCGAUUUGAUAUGGACUAUUCCGCAUCCUUAUGAUAAUAUCACCGAUGUCCGCAGUGAAGCGUGUCCGGGGUUGGAUAUCCCAGAUCCUUUGAAGGUCCAGCUGUGA